CAAUCACACCAGGGCGGGCCGAGUCCUCCCAACCAUUCGGGGUAGAGGUGGCGCUAUAAAAGUCAUCGUCCAACACCUGGCACACUUGGGCAACCCCUUCAUUUGGUGGACAGGAUCUGAUCCCGGGAUCUGUUACCUCUUUCUUUCUCCCUGAGCAGUCGAAGCAGGAGUCGCAGCCAUGGCCAAGAAUUGUCACAAUGACUACAAGAUGAAGUUCUCGGUGGACGAUGAGUUCCCCGAUUUGUCCCAGCAUAAUAACCAUAUGGCCAAGGUGCUGACCAAGGAAAUCUAUGGUAAGCUGAGGAGCAAGUCCACCCCCAGCGGCUUUACUUUGGAUGACGUCACCCAGACCGGAGUGGACAACCCCGGCCACCCCUUCAUCAUGACCGUGGGCUGCGUGGCCGGUGACGAGGAGUCCUAUGAGGUCUUCAAGGACCUGCUGGACCCCGUCAUCUCCGACCGUCACAAUGGAUACGGACCCAACGACAAGCACAAGACUGACCUGAACUUCCAGAACCUGAAGGGCGGAGAUGACCUGGACCCCAACUACGUUCUGUCCAGCCGUGUGCGUACCGGCCGUAGCAUCAAGGGCUUCACCCUGCCGCCACACAACAGCCGUGGAGAGCGCAGAACCAUCGAGAAGCUGUCCAUUGAGGCCUUGGCCAGCCUGGAGGGCGAGUUCAAGGGCAAGUACUACCCCCUGGACGGCAUGACGGAUGCCGAGCAGGAGCAGCUGAUUGCUGACCACUUCCUGUUUGACAAGCCUGUGUCCCCACUGCUGACAUGCUCCGGCAUGGCCCGUGACUGGCCCGAUGGCAGGGGUAUCUGGCACAACGACAACAAGACUUUCUUGGUGUGGGUGAAUGAGGAGGAUCACCUGCGUGUCAUCUCCAUGCAGAAGGGCGGCAACAUGAAGGAGGUGUUCAAACGCUUCUGUGUGGGUCUGCAGAAGAUCGAGGAGAUUUUCAAGAAGCACAACCACGGAUUCAUGUGGAACGAGCAUCUGGGCUACAUCCUCACUUGCCCGUCCAAUCUGGGCACCGGCCUGCGUGGUGGCGUCCACGUCAAGCUCUCCAAGCUCAGCACUCACCCCAAGUUUGAGGAGAUCCUCACCAGACUGCGCCUGCAGAAACGUGGCACAGGUGGCGUGGACACAGCCUCAGUGGGUGGCACUUUCGACAUCUCCAACGCCGACCGUCUUGGCUCCUCCGAGGUGUACCAGGUUCAGCUGGUGGUGGAUGGCGUCAAGCUGAUGGUGGAGAUGGAGAAGAAGCUGGAGAAGGGCGAGUCCAUUGACGGCAUGAUUCCCGCCCAGAAGUAAACGAAAAGACCAACAACCACCACGGUGACCAUGACUGUGUUGUUGCUGUUUUUUUAUAUACGUAUAUAAAUAUCAAAACCAAAACAAAGCCUGGUUGUUCUUUGAGAACAUCACUAUCUUCCUUUUUCUUUAUUUUCCCUUUUUUCUCCUCUGUAACAUCCUGGGAUCAAUCCUCUCUACUUCCCUGGUUGCAAAUUAGAACGGGACAAAUAAAGCCCCAUUUAAAACAA